CAUACUCAUUGUUUGGCAUCUUCGGUGUGCAUUUACCUGUCAUCUAUGGCGAGAAGAAACACAAUGCGCUCGGGCGGCUCUUGCAGGAGAUUGUGGCUCGGUCGGGGGACAUCACUGCGCUAAAUUGGGUCGGAACUCUGUCACACAUGCUCCCAUCUUUACCUGAAGAUGAGAUGCAAACAUCGGUGUCCUUCCUGUGACAUGCGGUGACUGUCGAUUUGGCUUCCGAAAUUUAUGCCCUGUUUGACAACCUGAGCGCUCCUCGUUUCGCAAACUGCAGGUUGCAUCUACCCUGCGUCACAUUCCCUGUCAGAUCAAUCAAAUGGAUGCGUGGACAUAGCUCCGACGGUACAUCUUUCAUAUAUGCAGUCAAGGCAGACGGUCUUAGUGACCUGGAGAUCACCACAGAAGACAGGCCAGUCCAGUUCUCACGAACGAUACCCGCUCGUCAAAUAUUGUUGCUCGUCCGUCCGUGGAGUUGUCAUCUUCUCGAGCUACAUGACUCUGCAAACGACAAGCAGAGCGUGGCAAACUGGUCUACGCGAGCGUCGCGGUUUCUUCGCAUUGGACAGCCUUUGGGCUCAUUUUUUGAUGCGCUUCGCGGUUUCCCUGGAGAAAUAAAGUCAGCCGAUACGGAGACCCACUCGCGAGCAUUGCGGUUGAUUGUUCACUUUGGACAGCCUUUCAGCGCAUUUUUACUAGCACAGCAGCUCGGUGGAGAAUACAAGAGAAUCGCAUCAGAUCAACACAUCAUCGCACAGGUCAAAGACAUGGCUUUUGUUUGCAGCAUGAUGGACGUCAGGACACUAGAGAUAUUAUAGGGACGAAGAACAAAGAACUUUGAUGGGCACUUUGACUUACCUGUAUGAUACGAUUUAUGACAAAUAGUACUUAUCUACGAUACUCGUGAUGCCAACGCAAUCUACUUGUUUCGGCUCUGGUUUCAUGAUCAGGAAUUGAAAUAGUGACGGUUUAUAUACUUGAUCACUCGUCAGUAUUGCACAGGGAGCUACAAAAGGUACGACUACCUGGCCGGUGCU